UAAUUAUCCGCAACAAGACGUCUGGCGAAGACACGAUGGCUCGCGUUGUGGAUGGGUUGGUGCAGCACUUGAGCUCGUCCGGUGCAUACAAGCGCCUGCAGGAUGAGCUGCAGGACGUCAUAGCAGAGAAGGGGUUGCUGCGAGAAGCCGAAGAGAAGGCCAAAGCUGAAGUCCAGAGACAAUUUGCGCUAUUGUCAAGUGCAGGGACCAGCCAACAGCAACUGCUAGCCUCUGUCCUGCGUCAUGUCGACAGAUCCGUGUUUGAGCCCGCUGUGCGCAAGGCUGUUGAGGGUGCUUUAAACACGGACAAAAUCCAUGGCUUGCUCGAGGGCUAUUUGGACGAAGCCAUGGCUGCAUUCAAGGCCGAUCUGGAAGAGAAGCAAGCCAAGCGCCAGGCACUCGCCAAGCAGCAGGCGAGCAAGACACUCUCAACUCCAACAGCAAGAGAGGGCUCUCCUAUGCCCUCCACAAGACAGAACACAACACCGGCGUCCGCAACACCUGACGACGACUCCAAACCCGCGCGACCGGCAGCCCCUGCCUUGGAGGGCGCCACAACAACCGCAGACGGCAGCACGGCUGUCGACAAGCCCGCUGCUGGGCAGCACAAGGCAGGCACACAUCAGUCGGCAUCUGGGAGCGAGAGCAGCGCUGCCAAUACAAGCACUCGCGAAACGCCAAGUGCGGCGGUGAAAUCAGCCGGGCAGUCGAGCGGGCAUGGUCUGAGCCGCGAGGCGCUGAUGCGACAGCGGGCACAAGCGGCGUCGGCGAUGCUUCUGCAGCGACUGGCAGGUGAAGCCAACCAAGUUGAGCAAGGUGGGGAUGAUGACGAUGACGAUGACGACGAAGAAGAAGAGGAUGAUGAUGAGGAUGAUGAUGAGGAGGAGGAUGACGAUGAAGAAGACGAGGAGGAGGAGGACGACGACGACGAUGGUGAUGAUGAUGAUGAUGAGGAGGAGGAGGAGGAGGAGCAUGAUGAGGAGGAGAGCCCAAGCAAGGCUGAAGGUGGGGUGACCGGCGAGAACAACGGCGCAGCGGAAGAAGGGGAAGGAAGAGCGGGAGGGAAUACCGACAAGGGCGACAACCAAGAGGAACAGCAGCGUGGUGUGCGUACGAGGAAUACACGAGCUCGGAGGACGCAGAAUGACACGCAGCAUGGAGUUGACAAGGAAGAUGACGACGCCGGUGCCGAUGCGGAGGAGAGAAAGGCGCGGCCACGACGAUCCCGGCGCCAAACGGCAGCGGGGAGGCGGUCGACGUCGCAGGCGGAAGCAGGAACAGUGGUGGAGGCAGAGGGCGGGCGCCGAAGCACACGCCGUCGAUCAACCCGCAACAGCACUCGCGGUGGUAAUGGUGAUGAUGGCGAUGGUGAUGGUGCGCACGAUGAAGGCGGGGAUGAGGAACAGGGGGAGGCGGCUGAUGGUGAAGCGGUGGCUGGUCUUGGAGUUGGCACGCGAAGACGGAGCACUCGCCAGGCCAAGGCUCGACGAACUAGUCAGCGGCGGGCGAGCACAAGCGGACAGCGAAGCAAGCGGGCCAAGCGGCGCAAAUGAUUGAGGAGGCAUGGUGUGUCUGUGUGUGUGUGUGUGUGUGUGUCUGUGUGUCUGUGUGUCUGUCUGUGUUUGUGUGCGUGUCUGUGCUGUGUUUGUUUGUUUGUUUGUUUGUU